AUGGUGUUAACCAAAAUGAAGGAAACGGCGGAGCAAUACCUGAAGCAGAAAGUCGACCACGCUGUCAUCACAGUCCCAACCUAUUUCAACGACGCUCAACGGCAAGCUACUAAGGAUGCUGGGCAAAUUGCUGGACUGAAUGUCCUUCGUGUCAUUAACGAACUCACGGCGGCUGCUCUCGCCUACGGACUGGACAAAGGCAGCAAAGCUAGAAUCGUCGCUGUCUACGAUCUUGGUGGUGGAACUUUCGAUAUAUCCAAUCUCGAAAUGCGCGACGGCGUCUACGAAGUCGAGUCCGCCAACCAUGACAACUUGGAAUUUAAAUCCAAGCACGGUAUUGAUCUCAAUGGCCAUCCAAAUACUGCUUCAAAUCUUUUGCGCGCCGUCCAGCACGUUUCCCUGUUCAUCUCCACCAAGGACAACACUUCCGGGCCUCGCAUUGCGUGGAUCACAAUAUGUUCUAAACUAAAGGAGUCCAUAACGGCUGCUCGCACUUUCAAUUCCCAAGCUCUUAGUCUGCUGCUAUCUCAGCUACCAGCACUCCCAAUGUGGCGAGCAGCGGGCUUCCCUGCUCACCUCCACGAAGUCGGGGUUGUGUUGCUGCCCAAUCCGGUCAUCGUGGACGCCGACGAGCCCAGUGACUGGUUUAUGGCAGAUUAUGCAGUGGAUCGACGACAUCUGAGUUCGCAUACUUGGACUGUCCCCUCAGACUUUCCUCGUUGA